AUGACUAGAUACAAUAGCUAUGACCCCAGGAAUUCUGAUGGUACCAAUGGCAUUGCUGUCCCUACCAAUGGAAGACCAAGAAAUUCAUUUUCUUCGAUGCAUACAAAUUCUACUGCAGUGACACUGACCUCAAGUACUGUUGUUGAUCAGAAUCAAAUAGAAUUAUAUUCAGGUGCUACUUUUGAAACCGUUCCCACAUCAAUUGUUUCAUUUCAUCACCCGCAUUCUUUUCAAUCCAAUCUUAUGACUGAUGGUAUGUCCGAUUCAUCUUCAAGAAUUGAACAGAGAGGCAGGCAAGGGGCUAUUGCAACAAGCCCUUUAAUGAAUAGCAGAUCAGGGAGUGAAUCUCGUGUUCCUAAUUUUAGAUUUUUCACUGAAGAACAGAUAACUUCGGCGGAGGGAUCCUCAACCUUAGAACCUGCAGAUUAUAAUGUUGAAUGGAAUUCUAUCCCUGAAUAUGAAAAUAAUCGUCUUCGUGGGUCAAAUAUUGGAUCAAGGAUUGUAUCUAGGAGAUCAUCCAUGCAAAGUAAUAUAUCAGGAGGCUAUGGCGCUUUAAAGUCGAGAUCACGCUCAAUGUCAAGAGUGCGCUCAUUUCAAAAUAACCAGAAUCAAUAUACGCCAGAACCGGUCUCUGAUUUAUACCCAACAAGGAGUCACUCAUCUGAUUUAUCCUCUAAAUAUAAUGAUCGAAAUAGGGUUCCGUUGGCAAUUGCAAAUGAAGCAAUAAAUCUUUUUGGUGAGCAAACAUCUCAGCACUCUAUCUUAGAUAAUUCCAAUGACGAACUUUUAGAGGAAGCUGAUAAUAAUGGCUCUAAAUCUGUCGAUUCAAAUACCGUUAAAAAGACAGCGUUUUUAACUGAAUACCUUAAAGCAAACCAUUAUGAAAAAUUCUAUCCUAACUACCAAGCCACAUUAAAAUUUCAAAGAUUUUAUCUUGCUGAAGAAGAUCUUCUAAUUGGUAUAGCGGGCUAUCAAACCUCAAAACUAAAAUUGUUUUUAUACCAUACUCUCUGUUUUAUCUCUUGUGGGCUGUUUUAUAUACUACUAAGGUGGAUGCCAAAAUAUAAGAUAAAAUUAACAGGGAAAGCUGUACCUUUGGGGAAAGCAGAAUGGGUUGCUGUAGAAAACGAGCUUGGAGAAUUAUCCAUCAUAGAUGUUGAAAGAAAAUGGUACAAUCGUCUAUUAAGCACUAUAUUACCAAUUACAUAUGAUGAAACUACAAUGAAUAACAAUGAGCAAAGGUCUGUACACCAUCAUGAAGAGACCCCUGAAAAUCCAAAUAUACCAAUUAUUAUUUCCUUCCAAUAUCGAUACAUUAAUUUUAUUUUUUCCCCUUUGGAAGAUAUAUUCAAAGUAAAUUCUAAUUGGGCAGACCCUCAGUGGUCAAACCUGCAAGAUACAGUUAAUGGGCUUACAACUGCAACCCAAGAAGAUAGAUUAAUAGCAUUUGGGAAAAAUUCUAUAGACUUAAAGAUGAAAACAACUUCAGAAGUAUUGUUUCAAGAAGUUCUACAUCCCUUCUAUGUAUUUCAAAUAUUUUCCAUCAUUCUUUGGUCACUUGAUGAAUAUUAUUAUUAUGCAGGUUGUAUUUUUUUAAUCUCAGUUCUUUCUAUUUUGGACAGUCUACUCGAAACUAAGAAAACAUCCCAGCGUUUAUCAGAAAUAGCACAUUUUCAAUGUGAGGUUCGUGUUUUUAGAGAUGGGUUCUGGACUCAUAUUAACGCAUCUGAACUAGUCCCAGGUGAUGUUUAUGAAAUUUCUGACCCCAAGCUUGCUAUAUUCCCUUGUGAUUCUGUCAUUUUAAAUGGAACGUGUAUUGUAAAUGAAUCAAUAUUAACAGGUGAAUCUGUUCCCAUUUCUAAAAUUCCAAUAAAUGAAGAAACAAUAAAAGACUUGCUGAAUGAUUUACGUAGUACUCAAAUUUCUAAUUUGGUAUCGAAGUCAUUUUUAUUUAAUGGGACAAAGCUAAUCCGAACGUCAAUCCCACAUAAUCAGAAUGCAGCAUUAGCCAUGGUAGUUCGUACUGGGUUCUCAACAAUUAAAGGUUCUCUAGUUAGAUCUAUGGUAUUCCCUAAGCCAGUGGGAUUUAAAUUCUACGAAGAUUCUUUUAAAUACAUUGGCUAUAUGUCUCUAAUCGCAAUGGUAGGACUGAUAAUCAGUUGUGCUCAAUUUAUGAGACUUGGCCUGGAUCAUCGAACUAUGAUAUUAAGAUGUUUAGAUAUUAUUACUAUUGUAGUUCCUCCUGCUCUGCCUGCUACUCUAACAAUCGGUACUAAUUUUGCAAUUUCAAGAUUUAAGAAGAAAAAAAUAUUUUGUAUAUCUCCAACUAGGGUAAACGUUGGAGGCAAAAUUGAUGCAAUGUGUUUUGAUAAGACUGGGACCUUAACAGAAGAUGGCCUUGAUAUUCUAGGUGUACAUAUAACCAAGACUGGUCCACAUAAACUAAUUAAAUUUAGUAACCUUAUUAAGGAUGUUCACAAAAUUUUUCCAAAAUUUUCCCUUAAUGACUGUACUUCCAUAGACGAUGUUAAAUCUCGUAAUUUUUUAGUAUCUAUCCUAACUUGCCAUUCUUUAAGAUUAGUUGAUGGGGCUUUAUUGGGGGACCCACUUGAUUUUAAGAUGUUUGAAUUUACUGGUUGGUCCUUUGAAGAAGAGUUUCAAACAAAGAAAUUUACUUCUAUGUAUGAAGGUAGACAUGAGGGAAUUAUAUUUCCAGAAAAUACAGAAAUCAUACCAGCCAUUGUUUAUCCCAAUAAAGAUGACUCUGCAAAUCAAUUUAUUGAAAAUGAUCCUCAUAACUAUUUAGGUAUUAUUAAAACAUUUGAAUUUUUAUCAGAACUGAGAUAUAUGAGCGUUAUCGUAAAGCCAAGCUGUUCAGAUUCUUAUUGGGCAUUUACUAAAGGUGCACCAGAGGUCAUGUAUGAUAUUUGUGAUAGAAGUACAAUACCAACGGAUUAUGAAGAUAUGCUACAAUUGUAUACACAUAAUGGAUAUAGAGUGAUUGCAUGUGCUGGCAAAAGGUUACAAAAAAAUACUUGGUUAUAUACUCAAAAAGUUAAGCGAGAGGAGGUCGAAUCAAACUUGGAAUUUUUAGGGUUUAUUGUAUUUGAGAAUAAAUUGAAGGAAGCUUCCAAGCCAACACUGAAUGAGUUGCAUCGUGCAAAUAUUCGAACUAUAAUGUGCACAGGGGAUAAUAUUCUUACUGCAAUAUCUGUCGGUAAGGAAUCUGAAUUAAUCCAAGAGAAAAAUGUUUACAUACCAAGUAUAUUUGAAGAUAAUUUUAUUACAAACCAAUAUCCAAUAAAGUGGGCUGAGAUUGAUGAUCCUGAUAAUAUCUUAGAUAGUAAAACGUUAAAGCCAAUAAAUGGUGAUCAAGAUUAUACCUUGGCUGCAUCGGGUGAUAUUUUCAGGAUAAUUUUUGGUAAUGAGAGAGAUAUCCAAUUUUCGGAUGAUUAUAAGAAUUCCAUACUUUUGAAUUGUUCAGUUUAUGCUAGAAUGUCGCCGGAUGAGAAACAUGAGUUAAUGAUUCAAUUGCAAAAAAUUGACUACACUAUUGGAUUUUGUGGUGAUGGUGCUAAUGACUGUGGUGCUUUAAAGUCUGCUGAUGUGGGUAUUUCUUUAUCAGAAGCAGAAGCUUCUGUUGCAGCUCCUUUUACAUCUCAAAUAUUUGAUAUCAGCUGUGUUUUAGAUGUAAUUAAAGAAGGCAGAGCUUCAUUAGUUACAUCAUUUGCAUGCUUUCAGUAUAUGACAUUAUAUUCGGCUAUCCAAUUUAUUACCAUUACAAUUUUAUAUGGUCGGGGUUCUAAUUUGGGAGAUUUCCAAUUUUUAUAUAUUGAUUUAUUACUAAUUAUUCCAAUUGCUAUUUUCAUGUCAUGGUCCAAACCAUUUCAUAAAAUUGUUAAGAAGAGGCCAUCAGCAAAUUUGGUUUCUUUAAAGAUAUUAGUACCACUUUUAGUAAGUAUCAUUAUCAUUUUAAUUUUCCAAAUCAUUCCUUGGUUAAUUGUUCAACAUUUAGAUUGGUAUAUUAAACCAAUUGUUGCAGGUGAUAAUGCCGUGCAAUCUUCUGAUAACACCAUACUUUUUUUCAUUUCUAAUUUUCAAUAUAUUCUAAUCGCAAUAAUAUUGACCAUUGGUCCACCUUAUAGAGAAAAAAUAUCAAAGAAUAUGGGAUUUAUCAUCGAUAUUAGUCUAUCAUUGUUAAUAAGUUUAUCACUAAUGUACAUUAAUCCCGAUAAUAUCUUGGGAAGUUUAUUGCAAUUAACAAAGAUCAGUGGAACUUUUAAAGUUUUUAUUUUACUUUGGGUUUUUUUCAAUUACUGGGCACUAGAUAUAAUUCCAAAAUUCAUUAAACCUUUAUUUAAAAAGAAGAAAAGUAGUAAAUUAUAUAAAAACUUGCUUCGUUUGGAACACGAGAGUUAUGUUGUUUAA